AUGAAGGGAGUUUACAUCAUUUUGUUGUUCUGCUUAUUCGAGCUUUCUGCUUCCGAUAAGGAUACUGGAAUCACUUGUUUGAUUAAAUAUUUAAAGGAUCAUGGACGAUUGGAAGAAGAUUUUCCAUUACCCCAAAAGCCUGCACAUGCACAAGCAUGUGAUGCUGUAGUUCGACUCGUUCUUCCUACAAUAGAAAGAGAAUUUCUAUCGAAACUCUCCGAAAAGGAAUCUAUUAAGUCAGACUGUGUUUCAGCACAGUUGAAGAAGGGCGGUUUGUUAGACUAUUUAAUAAAGGAAGAAGUUAUCGAAAGUUCAACUGACCUCUCAAACCAAGAAGUCAUGAAGAAACUUGCUGAAACAAGAGAAACAAUCAAAGGAAUUUUAGACAACGCUGCAGUUUUUUGUAACAGUGAUGCAACUUAUGCAGGUCUUUUCGAUAAAUAUUUGGGCCUCAAAAAUGAAUCUUUAAGUGCUCUUCAAUCACAUUACUGUAUGGCUAAAUAUGUAAUUGAUGAAGAAAUCAUCGACGUUGGUAAUGUCAACAUAAAUCCUUCAAAUAUCGACACAGCAGCUGCUAAUUGUGAUACUGUCAUUAGUAACGCUAAAGCAGAGGUUGAAGCCCAACUUAGAGAUAAAUAUAAGGAACAGAACUUAUCUCAAAGUAAAAUAAACUGCAUCAUGAGAUCAUUUAGGAGAAACAAAAUGUUUGAAAACUCUAUUGCAUUGGGGGCCUUGGAAAAUCUUGAGAUAUCUCUUGAAACCAAAAGAGAAAAUAAGGAAAGAGUCGAAAACAAAAUGGAAUCUUUUGUGACAGGAGUAUUUGGAUGCUUUAUGGGUUAA